CUUGGGGAGGCACGACAUCUUUAUAAUCGCGAAAUAGCGUCAUCAUGCCGCCUCCAGCUCUCUUGCCCCCCCUUGCGAUUCUGCGACGGAACCUGUCCUCGCACUAGCAGCACCCGCUAUGAGCCUCCCGCGCAGGUUUGCAGCUGUUGCGCGACCUACACUUCGACAGGCGGUUUCUGCUCCGCAAAAAGCCGUUGGGCGAAGCACUUUCCUGACCCCUCGUUCCAGAAAACUUCACAACCAAGCUUCUCGGAGCGCUCAAGCAGCCGUCUCUGAAGCAGACGCAGAGCCUGUCCCAGGAUCCACGAAUCCCGCAUUAUCCUUCCCAUGCCUCGAUAAGCAGGAGUCGCGAUCGGCAUCCCUCUCCAGUCGUUCGUCCGGGCCCGAGCCCUCAUACACCACCGGAAAACAUCUCAACUUUCACUCGCGCGAGCCGAUAUUACUCGAUUGGGGCGGCAUCCUUCCCGAGUUCAAUGUUGCGUACGAGACGUGGGGCACCUUGAACAAAGACAGAAGCAAUGCGGUAUUGCUACACACUGGCCUGUCCGCCUCGAGCCACGCACACAGCACCGAAAUCAAUGCGCAGCCGGGAUGGUGGGAGAAUUUUAUUGGCCCUGGGAAACCGCUGGACACAGACAAAUACUUUGUGAUAUGUACGAACGUGAUAGGCGGGUGCUUCGGUUCGACAGGACCGUCCUCGAUCGAUCCCGCGAACGGCGAACGAUAUGCGACAAGAUUCCCAGUCCUCACAAUGGAAGACAUGGUACGCGCGCAAUUUCGGCUUCUUGACUCGUUGAGCAUCCGGAAGUUGUACGCGAGCGUUGGCUCCAGCAUGGGCGGCAUGCUGAGUCUAGCUUCUGGCGUACUCUUUCCGGAUCGUGUAGGCAGGAUCGUGAGCAUCAGUGCUGCCGCGCGAAGUCAUCCGUACAGUAUUGCCAUGAGGCAUACACAACGCCAAGUGCUGAUGAUGGAUCCGUAUUGGAACCGGGGCUUUUACUACGAUGGUGUACCGCCGCAUUCGGGCAUGAAACUUGCACGUGAGAUUGCGACCGUCACGUAUCGAAGCGGUCCAGAAUGGGAGCAGCGCUUUGGCCGCCGACGAGCCGACCCGUCUCGACCACCGGCGCUUUGUCCGGAUUUUCUGAUUGAGACGUACCUUGACCAUGCCGGCGAGAAGUGGUGCCUCAGCUACGACCCCAACAGCUUACUUUAUGUUUCAAAGGCUAUGGACCUUUUCGAUCUGGGGCAAGAUCACCGGAAUCGCAUCAACAAAGUCAGACAGGACAAUGCCGGCAAACUCCAAGCAUACCUAGAUGGGCGCGCUCCAGCAGAGGGCGUCGAGAGCGACCUGUGCAGCCUAACUCUGCCUGAGAAGCCAUAUGAAGAGAAGGAACAGCCUACGGAGGAGAGCGAGGUCGCCCUUGAUGCCGUCGAGGCAGCGCCCGCAGAUCUGGUCGCUGGACUCAAGCCUUUGGCGAAUACCCCAGCAUUAAUUCUAGGUGUAGCUAGCGAUAUCCUGUUUCCGGCAUGGCAACAGAAAGAGAUUGCAAACACGCUCAAGCGGACUGGAAACAAGAAUGUCACACAUAUCGAGUUGGGCGAGGAGAAGAGUCUAUUUGGACACGACACUUUCCUGCUUGAUCUUAAAAAUGUUGGUGGAGCCGUCCAGUCAUUCUUGGGCUGAGUCAUGGUAAAGCGAUGUUGGGCUUAUCUUCCUGUACAUUGUGUAUUUUUGUACUUAUAGCGUUGCAUGGCAAGGCGUUGGUGGGCCAAUCUUGCAAUUCCAGAACUUCCCAUGGGUCCCCACUUGGCUCGAUGCAUCUAGAAUUACUACGCACCCACCAAUGUUAUUCCUGGAAUACGGAAAGCUCCAACAUUCCCAUAUUCUAC